AUGGUGAGGUGCAACGAAAUUCGGAGGCAACUGAUGGAUCUACCUAUGGAUAUGUUGGUGGACAUCCUUUUGAGGCUGCCGGUAGAAUCACUGCGUCACAUCAGACGUGUGUGCAAGACCUUGUUAAACACAAUUGACAGCCUCUCUUUCAUCAGGCAACACACACUUUUACUCAUUGCAGGCAACAACCAUGUUGUUCAUCGAGUACCUCAACUUAUGUGCCUUGCUCAAACUCAUCCUCCUUCCGAUGGAGAAGAGAUUACUAUAUUUGCGACUUUGCAAUCACUGAGAUAUGAUGGCGGCACCGCCCUGACAAAAGGCGAAUUCACAUAUUCGACAUCAAGCCCUUCCCCGGCAAACUACAUGAUAAAUUUUGUUUUCUACAACUUGUUUUGCAUGGACUGGGAAGAUGGACAUUGCUUGUUGAUCAAUCCUCUUCUUAAACAAGUUCUAACUCUCCCAACUGAUAACAUCCGACAACUUACAAAAUAUGGUCUGAAUUGUGAAGUGUACUUUUGGUAUGGUAUGGGAUUUGAUGAUAUAACCAACACCUACAAAAUUGUUCGUGUUUCUAGGUUUGCCAAUAAGGAAAACUAUCGUGAUAUUCGCGGCAGGUUAGUGCAUAUUCUAGUAUUGGGCACCAACUCCUGGAGAGAAAUACCAUCCCUUCCUCCCUCUGGUUUACCUCGCUUGUAUGCUGUUUGUGCACACGGAGAUAUGCAUUGGCUGAUUAGAAGAAUGACAGGAGGUGUAAUAAAAGGACAUAUAAUUUCUUUCGACUUCAAAACAGAAGAGUUUCACUGGACUCCUACCCCUCCCACAUUGCAAAGGUCGAACAUGAACUCCACCUCGCACUUGCUUACUUUAAGAGGAUCCAUGGCCAUUGUGGAGACGUUUCCAUUAGCAGAAGGAGGUAUGAAGGUUGAGAUAUGGGUGAUGAAAAAUUAUGCAAAAAAAGAAUGGGCCAGAGAAUACAGCAUAAAUGUCGACAUGCGUCCUGAGCAUGAGUUGAACUAUGGGACUUGUGGUGAAUGGGAGCAUGGCAUAUUUUUCAAUGAUCAUUACAUUUUCUGUUUAAAGUCUGAGAAUAUGACUAGAUUGUUUUUGGAUCUUAGAAGUGAUUCCGUCAAUACUGCGAUAUGCCCACUUGAGAAUGAGUUGCUUGUAAACAUCAAGAGCUAUACUGGGAGCUUGAUUUCCUUAAAAGAUUUUGGUACUUCUGGUUUCAGUAGUACUGAUGAGCCUAGCUCAUGA